AUAUUACAUCCUUAAACCUUAAAACCCUAAGACUAGAGAGAAACCUCAAAACCAGACAAGUAAUACAAGAUGUCGGGCAGAGAAGAUUCGGAAUCGGACGCACCUGAGGAAUUUACUGCAGAGCAGGGAAUACAACAAGAUGAAGAGAUAAGAAGAGUUCAGAAAGAAAGUAAGGCAAGAGUUGUUCGUGAGGCUAAAGAAAAGCGCAGACGAUUGGCACGGAGGAAAACAGCACAACCACCUAAAGUGAAUGAAAGUGUGCGAGAUGUGGUAGAAGCGAAAACUGAAAUUGAAACAGAAACAGAGAAAGAGUCUCUGGGCUAUGGAGGGAUGCUUCCAAGUGAUAUUGUUCAACUGCUUGCAGCUCGGGAGAAAAAAGUCUUUUUGUCCGAUUCUGAGGAUGAGAACGCUGAAGAGAAGCGGCUUCCAAAAAAGAAAAAGCGCAGAAGCUUGGGGAAAGAAACUGUUAUUUUGAAGGAGAUGGCACCUCCUCAAUGCAUACAAAAGUCGCUGGAGUUCUUGAAGAAAAAGAAAAUGCAGCUUUCAAGAUCAUCUUCGGUUUUGAACAACCCCAACCAAGCACUUCGCCUCAUAUCUUCUUCUGGCUUGUUCAGUAAGAAAUGACAAGCUUGCGAGUCAGUUUCUUGUUAAUGUGCCCAUGUAAUACUGAGCCAUUCAAAGCUAGUGUAAGACAUUGAUAUCGAAAAGAGGCGAGUUACUCGACUUCCCAAAGCGUAUUUUCAAGCUACUGCACCAUAGUAAUUCUUACAUCACUUUCAACUCCACUGAAACGCAUGCAAAAUUGAGUCGUCUACAGUUAACGUUUACACCUUUUGUAUUGUAUCGUUCAAGUAUUUUAUGAUUCCCGAGGAUUGAUUGUUGAUCAUUAUGAAAUCUAAUCUGUGUUAGAGAAAUUGUUAACGGCAAUUUGCUGGGGGACCUGUCCUGCUAAAAUCUUUGCCUAUUUCGAAUCUCAAGGCAUCACCUAUUGGAUUCCAA